AUGGAUGACUUCGCUGGUAGUUGUUUGGGCGAUGGCUCCUCAGGCGACGCCAGAGGCUUCUUAGGCGAUGCCACCACGUUGCACGUCGAGAACAAGGGGACAUUAGGCAGUGGAGAGUAUCGAAGGGACCUUGGAAGGAUUGGCGAGGCAAAAGGAGACCAAGAAGGCGAUGCCUAUGAGAUUGUUGGCGACACCAUAUGA